GCUGCAGAUAUAUAGUAAGUUUAUAUUUAGUUUAUCUAAUAUUGCAAAAAAUGCUAACAUAUGUUUUAUUACCAUAUGAUUAAAAUUCAUUUGUCCUGUCCACGACACUGAUUGCAAAAACACAUUGCUAAAAUUAUCUUGAGAUGGUUUUUUACCUCAAGUGUGUUACUCAAAAUUAUGAAUGGGGCAAAAAAGGAAUGAGAAGCAAAGUUGCUCAAUUAAUCAAUAAUUUUAAUCAAUCAAUAUACCCGAUAGAUGAUAAUAAAUGUUAUGCAGAACUAUGGAUGGGUACACACAAUAAAGGGCCUUCUGAAAUAUUAGGUCAUAAACAUCCUAAUCAGCCUCCAGUGAAAGUUUUAUUAUCAGAAUACAUUGAAUCAAGUCCUGAAAAAAUUUUAGGAAAUUCAAUAGUUAACAAAUUUGGAAGCACUAAUGAUGGGAAAGGCAGCUUGCCAUUUUUGUUCAAAGUACUUUCAAUAAAUAAAGCCUUAUCUAUACAGGCCCACCCUAACAAACAACUAGCCGCACAACUUCACAAGGAAUACCCAAACCAUUAUCCAGACAAUAAUCACAAACCUGAGAUAGCUAUAGCUUUGACACCUUUUCAGGCAUUAUGUGGUUUCAGACUCCCAACAGAAAUUUGUCAGAAUUUGAGAAAUUUCCCAGAACUAGAAAAAUUGAUAGGAGUUAAUGAAUGCAAUAUUUUUUACAAGGCAGUUGAAAAUAUGGGUUCAGAUUUCAAUGAUGAAUCACUCAAACUUGCUCUCAAAAAAUUUUUCACUAAAUUUAUGGGGAGUCCUGAAUCAAAAAUUAUAGAAACACUCAAUAAUAUUAUGUCGCAAAUUCCUAAAGAAGAUAGAAAAUCAAUAAAUAUGAACGACUCAUCUAAAGAAUUGGUAAAUUUGAUCCUAAAACUUCAUUCCCAAUUUCCAGGCGAUAUUGGUUGUUUAGCGGUUCUUUUCUUCAAUGUCAUUCAUCUCGAACCUGGUGAGGCAAUAUUUUUGGGGCCCGACGAGCCACACGCGUAUAUCGAAGGAGAUUGUAUUGAAUGUAUGGCUUGCUCGGAUAACGUUGUUAGAGCGGGGUUGACUCCCAAAUUCAAAGAUAUAUCAGUUUUGUGCGGUAUGCUAACUUACGACAUGGGACCAGCGAGCUCCAAAAUUUUGAAACCUACGCCAUUACAAUCUAAGGAAAACAAUUUAGACUUAUACGUAAAAGAAUAUAGGCCCAACGUUCCGGAAUUCGUUGUGCAAAAAAUUGAGAUUACGCCACAAAAUAAGCAUUUAAAUGACUCGGGGAAAUAUUUAUACUUGAACCUACCGCCCGUUCAGAGCGCCAGCGUGAUGAUCGUUAUUGAGGGACAGGCGAAUUACAACCUUCCUUCCUCCGAUCUUUUAAAGAGUUUCGAGGCUCCUAGCAAUAAUAAAAAUUCUGAGGAUCUUGAUGAUUUAGCGCCGAUCCAUCAAUUGAAAUCCGGGGCCAUUAUAUUUAUGAACGCAUCCGAACCUCUACACCUUAAAAUAUUAUUAAACCCUAAAAAUGAAGCGACAACAGAUAGUGGCCAUAUUUUUUUGGCUUUCCGAGCUUAUACCCCUCUUUGAUUUAUUAAUAUAUCCUAGCUAUAAAGGUCCAUUAUUAUAAAUUUUAAUUUGACACUUAUUAGAAAAUAAAAUUAACGAAUAAAUCACGAUUUUUUAAAUGCAAUGCUUUUACACUUAAAAUUCGAUGUUUUUUAAACAUUUUAUAUUGACGUAAUAAAAAAUAUAUUAGCUUAUAAAAAGAGUUAGGAAGUAACGGGAAUAUUUAUGAUCAAGAUAAAAGUAUUUUUAUCUAAGAUACAUUUUUCUCUGUUUCCAGUCCAGAUAAUAAUAAUAAAAAUGCAAAACUCUAUUUACAAAUAAUAUAGUCCAAUUAUUCUAGUUAAACAAAAAAUCAAUCAUUUAUAUCAAACACAUUAUAUUUUAUUAAUUUAUAUGUUUACAUAAAUAUUAUAUUAUAAAUAUAUUAUGAUUAUUAAAGCGCAUUAUAGUUAUACUAUUUAUUAUCACGGGUAAAUUCCUAAAUUAUAUUAAAUAUUAUAAAUCAUAAU